UCUCUUUGCCCUGCAAAGAGGCUCGCAGUCCAGAUGAACGGAGGGCAACGCCGGAGCCAGAGAGCAUCCGUCAUCCGUUCGCUUUGACACUCCCUCCCUCUCACCUCCCUCCCUUUUCCAUUCUCUCUCCUCUCUCUCCUUGCCACGGCUGCGAUCACUGCACUUCUCCAUGGGCUGAGAUGGAGAGCACAUACAGAGGGCUCAGUGCAGCCCAACUGAUCCAGGUGGAAAGCAGCAGAAAGGGCUGACUCGUCCUACAGAGAGCAGAGAGGUGGAGGGUGACCCUCAAGGCAGGGCUUUGGACUGUCUGCACACUGGAUGGGGCUUUCAACAAGAGUGAUACUUGCUGCUGUUUGACUUUAUUUUCUUAGACUGUGAGAAUCUCGUCUUCAGCAGACAUUUGUUGACUUCUGACAUGGAUCCGGGUUGACACUGGAUUGUCUCGGUUUUAGCUGUGAGGGGAUUCGGGUGUGGAUUAGAAUGCUGAUGUGGAGCACCUGAGCUCUGGGACGUAGCGCUCUGUAGCAGGAGCACAUGGAAAUGUUUGGUUUCUCCAAGAUGCCAAAGCUGUCUGGCCAUAAGAACAAAACGUCGGGCUGGCCGCCCCCUGGUCCAGGCUCCUGGAGUGGACUGCAGGGUCCCCCAUACAGCUGGGACAGCAUGAACAACAGCAGGGAGGGACGGGACUGCUUCACUAACCAAGUGUCCCACAGCAGCUCCCUGGAGGAGGUCCACCUCGAUGGGGUCCCUCCUGCUCCCCGAUUGGUGGAGAUGAGACGGGACCCGGUCCUGGGCUUUGGCUUUGUGGCGGGAAGCGAAAAACCGGUGGUGGUCCGCUCUGUUACACCAGGUGGUCCAUCAGAGGGGAAGCUGCUGCCGGGCGAUGAGAUCAUCAUGAUCAACGAUGAACCCGUCAGCUCGGCUCCGAGAGAACGGGUCAUCGAUCUCGUCAGGAGCUGCAAAGAAUCCAUCAUGUUGACUGUUGUCCAGCCGUAUCCUUCCCCUAAAUCAGCGUUCAUCAGUGCAGCCAAAAAAGCCAUGCUCAAGUCCAAUCCGGUCAAAGUGCGCUUUGCUGAGGAGGUCAUUAUAAACGGCCAGGUUCCAAACCCGGUGAAGGACAAUUCUCUUCUGUUCAUGCCAAAUGUCCUGAAGGUCUACCUGGAGAACGGGCAGACAAAGUCUUUUCGCUUUGACAGCAGUACCUCGAUCAAGGAAGUGAUCCUGACCCUGCAAGAGAAGCUGUCAAUCAAAUGCAUUGAGCACUUCUCCCUCAUGUUGGAGCAGAGGACCGAAGGCUCUGGAAGCAAACUGCUUCUCCUGCACGAACAGGAGAUGCUUACUCAGGUGACCCAGAGGCCCGGCUCUGACAAGAUGAAGUGUUUCUUUAGGAUCAGCUUCGUGCCCAGAGACCCCGUGGAGCUGCUCCGGAGAGACGCUGUGGCGUUUGAAUACCUCUAUGUUCAGAGUUGUAACGACGUGGUCCUGGAGCGGUUCAGCCCGGAGCUGAAGUACGACGCCGCGCUACGAUUGGCUGCGCUGCAGAUGUACAUCCUCAACAUGACAACCAGGCAGAGUCAGAAGGUCUCGCUCAAAUAUAUCCAAAAAGAGUGGGGUCUGCCGCUGUUCCUGCCUCCCGCUGUGCUGACCAGCAUGAAGGAGAAAAACAUCAAGAAGGCCCUGACACACAUCCUCAAAACCAACCAGAACCUCGUGCCUCCAGGGAAAAAACUGACUGCUUUGCAGGCCAAGGUGCAUUACCUGAGGUACCUCAGCGAACUCAGACUCUAUGGAGGGAGGGAGUUCAAAUCAAUACUUUUGCAAGGUGAGAAACAGACAGAGGUGACGCUGUUAGUGGGUCCACGUUACGGCAUCAGCCACGUCAUCAACACCCGCACCAACCUUGUGGCCCUAUUGGCCGACUUCAGCCACGUCAACCGCAUCGAAAUCCUCACUGAGGAUGAGACCAACGUCCGACUGGAGCUGCAUGUUCUGGAUGUCAGGCCCAUCACACUGAUUAUGGAGUCAAGUGAUGCAAUGAACCUUGCUUGUCUAACAGCAGGCUACUAUCGCCUCCUAGUGGAUUCAAGGAGAUCUAUUUUUAGCAUGGCCCGCUGUAACAGCCCAGGAGGGGAUGACAAUAGUCAGGAUCGUGUCCUGGAGUGGCCGUACAGCACAUCUUUGGGGGACAACGAGGAGCCGUCACCUAGCCAGGGGGAGGUCUACAACAGAGACUCUGAGUAUACAGAUAAUGGGCAGAGGGAGAACAGCAUUUCUCCUUAUUUCCAUGAACCCCAAAACCCUGACAGAGACCUUGGGUCAAGAAGAAGUCCACUGCCUCCUCCUCUUCCCCCUGCUACUAGGCACAAACCUCAAGACUCACCUCGGAGCUCCAAAGUGUCAUUUAUUUUUGGGGGGAACCCACCUUUGAACAAGCCGAAGAACUUAGGCUACGAGAGACUGCUGGAGAGCCCUGAGGUGCCCGAGCACAGACCACCCUACUUGCACAACAACACAGACUUUCGGCAACAGGACAGAGUUCCAUUUCACUUCAGUGGUCUAACACAUGUCUAUAGUAACAUUAUAAGUGAGGAAGGUGGUGAGGAGCCACUGCUGAGGGAUUUGUUUUACCGCGACACGACGGAUGAUGCAGAGGAUGACGACGAUGCUUCCUGUGAAGAAGACUCCACCGGGGGGACGCCUGUGGGUGACGAGAGACAAGGUGCAAACCAAGAGGGAGGAUUACCCACGGCAGCCGGCAAAGCCACCUUCCUCUCACUUUCUGGUUCGACUGACGACAUCAUCGACCUGACCUCGCUGCCUCCUCCCGAGGGAGACGACGGCGUCGACGAGGAUGAAGACGACACACUGCUACAGACCCUCAACCUCGCGAUCGCGGCUCCACCGCCGGGCUUUCGGGACAGUUCAGAUGAGGACACGGCGCCUGAGGGAAGGCCUCUAAGCACACGCGACAACGAUGAUAUCCCGGUGUCGUUAAUUGAUGCCGUUCCCACACAUGGGGAGGGGGAGGGGAGCAGGGGAGGGGAGAGAAGGCGAGACAGUGCGACCAUAAAUACUCUGCAGGCACUGGAGGCUCUCUCUGUCUCUGAACACAGGCCGCCCCCUCCUCCACCCGGCAGCAACAACCCAGGUGUUUACUCAUCUCGUGGCUUUAGCCCAGAGUCGUCCUCAGAUUCUGGCAAUGAGACCAACUCCUCAGAGAUGACUGAAAUCUCUGAACUAGCUGCUACUCACAGGCUGACCGAGAGCCACAUGCGUCUUCUGGUGGCUACCAGGGAAGGUUACCAACCUUUGCUCGAGGAGAAAACUGAAUUCCCCGUUUCACCCAGCACAGCAGGAACAAUACAGAAGAAAGCCCGAAGUCCAACGCGACACCUGCAGCCUCCUGCAGUUCCUCCAAGGCGGAGUCCCCAACUGGAGACGACAUCAUCAGGAAGUUUGGACAUGAGGUCCCAGACUAAUCUCUCAGCCACUCUUCAGCGUCCAAGUUCUACCACGCCAGGAGGCAAGCACCAUAAAAAAUCUGCAGACUCCAGUGGAAAGUAUAACACCUUCAGCACAAGGGAAGGGCAUCGAUUUGAAAGAGGCGAUAGCCGCAGACAUUUUGACUUGGACCAGCGCACUUCAUUCUGUGAACAAGGGGAAAGUCAGAGAAGACAGAAUUCUUUUUUGGCAGAAAAUUCUGUGGCUGAGGGCCUUGGAGUGAACAACCUCCCUCACAGAAGUCCCCGCCCUUCUUCCGCUAUCUCUGAUCGCCUCUUAGACGUUGCCAACUUAGGGGAUUGCAGUACAAAUAAUGGAGCUGCAGCUGCUGAGCAAGAUGAACAUCUCGUUGUAGCAUCAUUGUUGUCCCCUACCAAAAAAUCCAAAUCAGAGGGUUCCGACCAGGGAUCAGACAUACAGAAUGACCAUCAGCCAAUUUCGAGACAACAAAGUGUUGCACGGUUGUGUGAGUAUCAUCUAGCGAAAAGGAUUUCAAGUUUACAAGGAGAAGCCCACAGUUCACUUCAGGGUUCUCUGUGCUCAUCACUGGAUGCUGGUGGCAGCACGAACAGUAGUGCCUGUGCCACCCCCACGGACUCACCACUUGGCCCUGGUGCGGUUGAAGCAAAACACCAUCAUUUGCAAAGGCACCCGCUUUCUAGUUCCUCCUCCUCGUUACUCAGGGUGCUAAACUAUGAAGAUAACAAACCUGGAGUCCCUCACGGCAUCCCUGGCCAGAGCACUCAGGGAAAAGACCUCCACCCUCAUGCGGACCCUGCCCUACUUCGCAAAAUGCUGCCCAAUAUUCACCCCCCUGCUGAACAAAGCCGACCCUCCUCGGCCACGCCAUCUAAACAUAAAGAGACAACAGGAAAUAAGAGGUCCCACAGUGAUCUGCUUGCUAAACAACAGGCCUGUUUGAAGGGUUUGAACCAGAAGGAAGGCAGCGAGGCCUAUAGACAACUGAUUAACUAUCUAACGGUCAGCCAGAUGCAUCAGGGAGGGAAGCUGCACAGUGCAGGCAUGGGAGGAGCAGUGAAAAAGGACACCAGGCGCUUUAUCACUAGCAAUCCUCAGCUUGUUGAAAUGGUUAAGAAUCGGGGGAAUACUAUUGCUCGCUGUCCAUGUAUGCCUUCUUCUAUAUCAUCCCCAUUUCUAAGCCCAAAUUUGGUGAACCCUAAUGCAGCCGCCAUGCAGAUGGCUAAUAAAAAUUCACGUUCAUAUCAUUCUGCCACACUUCCUGCCAAACUCAAGAGAAGUCCAGAUAUGCAUGCUCAGAGGCCGAAUGACACCUUAGAUUUUAGGCCAGCUACUUCUGAGAGGAGGAGCUCCUUUUCUGGCUUAGAGAGUGAAUUAGAGAGGAGUGGUAUGGAUCCUGAGCAAUUUCUGUCACUCUAUAAGAGAGAGGGGUGUGUUAGCCGUGAUGGGGGUGUCAGCGCAGGUGGUAACCGUGAUGGUGGAGGUGCCGUGAACAGACACCCACCUCGGUCAAGAAGCCAACCAAGUGGCAGCACAGAGGACUGGCUCAAAUCAGACCCGAGGUCAAAGCAUGCAGUUCGUCAGUCUCCUCAUUCUCGUCCUAAUGAUUCUCUUUGUUUCUCUGGUGCUCCCAGGGUAAGUGGUCAGCGGGCAGAUCUCAAUGCCCUUUCGCUUGGGAGGGGAGAUCACCCUUCUGCUUUUAUCAGGCAGGCAUCUACUGGCAGUAGAGCUUGUCUCACAUCUCCCACACCCAACCCACAAUCUCCACCUCCUCCACCACCUCCUCCCAUGUCUCAGCUCAAUGCUAGCUGCAGCAACUCAGGAUACUCGCAAGAUUCCAUCCAUCCCAUUCAGUCCCGGCAGAGUCAGAAUCACAUUCAGGCUGUUACCCCAACCCUGCCACAGACAGAUCACUUUAGCAAUAGCCUGCAACGUGGCCGGGAGCUCAAACGCAGCACGAGCAAUGUGACUGCCAAUUCUGGUAGCGUGGAAGUUCUGUUUGAUAAGCCCACCCGAAGCCGGAGCCAGCAGCCCUUGUCACCACCUGUAUCCCAGCAAGGUGACACAAAAGUCCAACGAAGACCGACAAGGAAGCGGCUCUCCAAGAGUUACUCCCAAGGAUCUGUAUCUGGCUCCCACACUACAUGCUGGUCUACAGGCAAUAGGGUCGACAGUAGAAGGGCAUCUGUGGCGUUUCCAUUACAGAAAGAUGCAAAACACAUGAAGGGCUCUCAAAAAUUGGACACCAGUCCUUGGAGAUGCAAUGGGCCCUUUAGCUACUGUUUCUUUAAACGUAAGCCCGAAGGUGAGGAGGAUGACAUUGAGUGGGAGAGGCCCAGAAGAAGCCGUGGUGGGAAUAAUUUCAAUGACGGUGCCGGUGCAUCAUCGAUAUUACCCUGCGGCUCGGUAGUGGAUGCUGCUGGGGAGCAGCUGUACGGGGAAGUCCUCAAUAACAUGAGCUUUAGCGACCGCCUGGCGAGAAUCAACUCACUCAAGGACCGCAUGUAUGGCUUCCCAUCCGGCUUCAAUGAUGUGCGCCGUGAUGCCAGCGAGCUCAUUGCUCUGGUGAGGUCCAGCAUAGGCCGUUGCGAUCGCGGAUUCCAGAUGCCUAUCCAGGACGUAUCCCAGUACAAGACACUCCUCUCUGUCGAGUCAAAAGAAUUAGGCAGGGCAUGUCGGAGGAUGGCACAGGCCCACAGUAGUCCUGAGGAAAUGCUGCUAGCUGUAACUUGUAGUUUUCAGGUGCUAUGCUGUCUCUGUGAAGCUUGUAUGUGUCUAGUUCGGGGGCUUGGAGCCUCAUCUUCACACCAACAAAGAGAGGUCGUGGCAAAGGUUGAUGAGGUUGUUAUGAACUAUAUCUGUUUGCUCAAAGCAGCUGAGGCUGCCACCGUGGGAGCGCCAGGGGAGCACAGCGUGAAAGCCCUGGUCCGCCACUCCAGCACCAUGUCGGCCAUUGCUAACGCACUCACCCGCUCCCUUAAAACGCUGCUUAGCAAGUAGAGGCUACUCCUUAUGCUUUGUAGUGUGGCCUAUGCAGUUAGAUGUCUGUCUUUAAGCAUCUUGUUGUUCUUGAAUCUGCUGGAAGAGUCAUAUAUUUUUCAUAUAAGGUCUCCAUAUCAAAAUUUAAAAAGUGUUAAGACUUGUAGCAAUUAGACUUGACAUUAAAGUUAACAACACACUGAAAAGAUGAGCAAGAUGCCAAAACACAGUCCUCUGAAUGCACUUGCUUUUUCUGAUGACAAUAUUGUAAUGUAUAUUUACAAAGCCAUACUGUCACAGACCUUUGUAAUAUGAUAUGUACCUAAUAGAUACUAUACCCUUUUACCUGUGCAUUAUGUAACUUAUUUAAAACUGUAUAUUAUGUACAUAAAUACAAUAUAAUUAUAUUAUUUGCCGUAGCAGUUUUAAGAGGCCAUUGAGUAUUCAGCAUAAUUUGCUUUAAUCUUGUGCAGGGCUGGAGUGAAUUCACUUUCAGUUCAAUCAGUUCAUGAAGUGCAGUUUUACUACAGAUAUUUAUAAUUAUAACUAUAAUAAUUUACCUGUAGCAAUGUCAGUCCAGUUGGGAAACUGUUGUAUCAUAUUCUCACGUGAAACAUUAGGUUAAAUUUCUGAAAGACUGUGUAAAAGUGAACUGAUUCCGACCCUGUUGCAUUUCAAUGCAGUUUUUUCUUCUCUCUCUUUCUCUUUUUUUUUGCAAGACAAGAGGAACAUUUAUGAGCAACGGUUAAAAUACAGGAACACUAAAAUUGCACUGCAUUUACCACUGCUUCAUAUUUUACCACCAUGACUAUUUUCAGAGAUGAAUAAUAGGCAGUGGAUGAUUAUUUAUUUCCCUAAAUGGUAAAUAUAUAAAACUACAAUACUAUUAUAUGAACAAUUCAGAAAACUUGAAGAACUCACUGUGUUCAUUAUAUCAAACCACUUUUUAAGUUUGUGUGUUUUAUUAUCAUCCGUUUUGGAAUAAGUUUUUGUGCUUGAAUGAUUUAUUAUUCCACACUAUGUAUCAAGACGCAGUUACGUCUCAAGAAGAAAUUAAAUUCCUGUUUUUUCUUUUUCAAAAAUACACCAACCUAUUAAAAGACAUUUUACAGA